GCUCAGUCACAGCACUGAAACACCAGCAAAGUGAAUAUGGAUGAAGAGAUCAGGACCAAGAUCGUCGGGACUGCUCCGCGUUUAACUGUUAACGGGAAUGCAUCGGCUUCCUGUAGACAUUUUCUCUGAAUCUGCUUGGCCCAUGGUAGCUCUGGGGUCGUGAGGAGCUACCAUGACGUACAGCAACUCCAGCUCGCUGACAGCCAACUUCAGUGGGGGUCUGGACAGCUAUGACUCCGGGGGAAACCUUUACCGUCCAUUCUCCGUUUUCAGCGUGCUCACUCUCACUUUAUUGGCAAUGCUUGUGGCAGCCACCUUUGUGUGGAACCUCCUGGUGCUGGUGACCAUCCUCAGGGUGAGGACAUUCCAUCGGGUGCCCCACAACUUGGUGGCCUCCAUGGCCAUCUCAGAUGUGAUGGUAGCUGCACUGGUUAUGCCGCUUAGCCUGGUUCAUGAGCUGAACGGCAGACUGUGGAAACUUGGACGUGUCCUCUGUCAGGUGUGGAUCUCGUUCGAUGUGCUCUGUUGCACGGCUAGCAUCUGGAAUGUGACAGCCAUUGCACUAGACCGCUACUGGUCCAUAACCAGGCACCUGGAGUACACACUCAAGACUCGGAAAAAGAUCUCCAACGUGAUGAUUGCGCUGACAUGGCUGCUAUCUUCCAUAAUCUCCUUGUCGCCACUCUUUGGUUGGGGAGAGACCUACUCAGAAGGGAUGAAAUGUCAAGUGAGCCAGGAGCCAUCCUACACCAUCUUCUCCACCUUUGGGGCAUUUUAUCUCCCACUUUGUGUGGUUUUGUUUGUCUAUUGGAAGAUCUACAAAGCUGCUAAGUUUUGCAUCGGCUCCCGUAAGACAAACACAAUCACCCCUAUGGCUGAGGUAAAGGAGGAAGCCCAACAGCCACAGAUGGUGUUCACCGUGCGCCACGCAACCGUGACCUUCCAGACAGACGGGGACACAUGGCGGGAGCAGAAGGAGAAAAAAGCAGCCCUUAUGGUUGGCAUUUUGAUCGGCGUGUUUGUGCUUUGCUGGAUCCCGUUCUUCAUCACCGAGCUCAUCGUGCCACUGUGCUCCUGUGACAUCCCACCGAUUUGGAAGAGUAUCUUUUUGUGGCUGGGAUACUCAAAUUCCUUUUUUAACCCCCUUAUAUACACUGCCUUCAAUAAAAACUACAACAAUGCCCUAAGGAACCUCUUCUCCCGACAGCGCUGAAUAAAUCUGUGUGCCACUUGCAAUGUUACCCAGACUGAUCCGUCUGUUACUUUAUCGUCUCAUCAGAUAGGUGAUAACCAGAAAUUGUCUAAAAACUAAAGACUGUUUUGUUUAAGACUGAGACAAGCAUCUGCCUGCAUGAUUUGGCAUCUUGUUGAAACAGUGCUCUGGAAAGGAAUUUACCCCUUUACAGUCAUCAUUUCUCUUUUUAUUUACAAAAGCUAUAAAAUGAAUCUGAAGAAAACUCGCCUUGUUAGAUCAUAAAUUAACUGAUCAAUCGGAGCUGCACCAUGCACAAACCUGUGGAACCAAGAUAUCACUUCAGCAGAACCUGACAUGAAGAAGAUUAGAAUAUCUCAAAAGUAACUAAUGUAUCAGUCUAAAGAAAUUCCAUAACAGAAGAUAAAAACAGUUUUUUUUUUUCCAUCAAGGGGAAAAUGUGUUUUCCUUUUCACAGAUAGCAUCAGCCCAAUGCAGCCUGCAGCCCAGAACACCUGUCAGACAGAGGAAGCUGUUGCUGGCACUUUGUGAUGCAAACCUCUUGGCCACAUCAAAGAUUAUUGUGCCAGUUUUUUGCAGCCUUGAGCGAGAUGGUAGUUGCAGGAACAAGAUGAACAGAAUUGUCUUCUGCCACACAGAUGGGAUUGUUUAUCUUACUGACCAUAUUGGAGUUUCUAACCAUCCUGUGAUCCUCUCCAAGAUAAUCAGUAAACCACGAUACUUUUCCACACUGGGUUGAAUCUCUAGUUGACAAUAUUUUGCCAAAGGCUCAUUCAUUAUUCUAGUCAAAUGAUUUUUAAUGAUUUGAUCAGAAUAAUUAGAUCAUUUGUUUUAUUUUUUGUUUUUCUUGUAGCUUUGUCAGCUAACUGUGUGGAGCAAGAUCUAAAUGCAGACAAGAUCGAGGCAAGUGAAAAUAAACUAUUUUAUUUAUUAACAGACAUGUAAAAAGUCCAGAGGGGCCUAAAAUAAUACAUCAAAAGAGGAACACCAAGAAAUAGGCUGUGGUGAGUAACAGUAUGAUCUGACUGAAAAACAUUUAAGGUAGAGAGUUUACUGCUGUUUCAGGAUCAGAAUAGCUAUGGAUUGUGCUCUCUCAAAAAUUUGUGACCAUUUUUAAAAAAGGUAAACUCAAUUAUAUUUAUGGUUUUCAGAUGAUGUCACAAUAAUCCAGAGCAUAAAUAUUCCUCUGAAUAGCUAAGUAAAUUUAGAUUUUUGAUUAACCUAAGUCCAGAAUGAAUUCAAACCUAGAUCAGAGGACCGUCGACAAGUGGUUAAUGCUCAUAAAUUGUCCAAUGUCACUGGACGAUGUCUGUUUGAUUUUUCUUUCCUUUUUGUGAAGAAAAUAAAACAAAAAAGAAUCUGUCAGAGUGAAUAUUAAUUUUUAUACCGUGUUUAUCAAGUGUCAUUUUUAUCUGGUUGAUCCUAAUGAAAAAUAAAAGCCAAGCACAGUAACUUCUUUAAACCGUUUCAUCAUCAUGUCUGCAUAAAAGCAGAAAAAAAAAAACAUCUGUCAGAAGUAAACAAAAUUAGUCACAUAAAUAAUAAAUCAAGCAAAAACUGUGUAUUUUGUGCAGAAAUAGAUGCAUAACAUAUCAUUAUAGAAAGCAUUCAAAUUACAAAAGAUGGAUUUUUUUCAGCUGCACUCUUAUCCGUGUAUUGAUAAGCUGCAUUCAUUUUUGAUUUAUUAAAACGUGUGUAGAUAGAGGUACACUCUGUUCUCUGACGCUCAUUAGCGAUACGCUUUACCUCCCACACAUAAUGCACGUCCGCACACCCACAAUCUUUUCAGUAGAGCAACAAAAUAGCAGUGCAAGUCAUUACUUACACCAUCUUUAAAUAAUUUGCUGCAAUGAGAAAAUGAUUGGAUUUAAAGUCAGUUCCUGGGAGUAGAGAAAAUUAUAGGAGGCAUGUUAAAUCAAGACGAUGUGAAAACUUGAAAGAUAGUCACCAACGCUAAUACUCUCGCAAUAAGAAUAAUUAAAAAAAAACUAUCUGCAAUGGCAUUUUAUGAGUUUCUAUUUUGCUUAACCUUUAUUAGUUUUAUGAAUUGAUGCCAAGGAUUUGUUUUUUAUGAAUAUCGCUCUUAGAAAACAAAAUAAAGAGCGGUGAAUUCAGUCUCCUUCGGAAACUACCUUGGAACAUUAAUUUGUGGGAAAAGCAGAGAGUCUUGGCAAAAGAAUAACUGAGGCACAAGAGGUCACAAGGAAUUGACUCUAAACAAAUCAAUGUAGCAAUGCUAUUCAGUUUUGGAGUUAUGUAAAGAAAGGACACAACCAGAUAGCAUGGCUAUGUGCUCUCAAAUGUUCACUGAAAACAAUACUCCUCUUUCAUCUUGCCUUUCUAAUUCCAAAUGUUGUACAAAAUGACUGUUUUCUUGCACAAAUUGCUACUUUCUACUGAAAGCAUUCACUACUGUAGAAUCAAUGAGUGGACUUUUAUUCACUUGUGUAGUGAAAUGUACUGUGAAGAAUUAAGCAUGACUCAAUGAUUCUCAUCAAAGUCGUACCACUUGUAGUUGUGAGAGAAACAUCAAAGCUCUUGCAUCAGUUUUUGC